AUGUCGGGGCCAGCAUGCGGUGUGUGCGGUGCGGCCGCCUGCUGCCGGCACCUCUUCCACACCGGCGAUGACAACGAUGACCUCAACAGCCGGGCCUUGUUCUCCGUCUUCCCUGCGGUUCACCAUCAUGAGCCCAGCCCCAAGAUGCAGCAGCAACCACAGGGGUGUCUGCACGAGUUCCAGUUCUUUGGCCAUCAGGACGAUGAUGAUCACCAAGAAAGCGUCGCCUGGCUCUUCGACCACCCGCCGCCACCUGCGCGCGAGGUCGGCGAUGACGACCGGUCCCCAGCUGAGAACCAGCCUCAUCACCGGGCGUUUGACCCGUUUGGGACGCAGUACCACCACCCAGGAAACGGCCUCACCUUUGAGGUGGACGCCAGGCUGGGCCUCGGCAGCGGGGGCGCCGCCCGGCAAACGCAGACAUCAGCAGCAAGCGCCACCAUCAUGUCAUUCUGUGGGAGCACAUUCACGGACGCAGCAAGCUCGAGGCUCAAGGAGCCAACCCUGACCGAUGACAGUCGGCUGCAAAUGCCGAUAGAUCAGUCAACGGAGAGGGAGCUCAAGUUGAUGAGGUACAAGGAGAAGAGGAUGAGGAGGUGCUAUGAGAAGCAGAUAAGAUAUGCAUCCAGGAAAGCCUAUGCGCAGGUGAGACCCCGGGUGAAAGGCCGCUUUGCCAAGGUAACCGAAGCCUGCUCCGCCACAGCAGACAACGUUGGUACCGACCACCUGCUGUGA